AUGAGAGUUCAUUUGCUGGCCGAUCUUAAGAAGGAGUGUCAGUUACUUGUUGAAGGUUAUAGGAGCUCGUGGAAAAGGACUGGUUGUACACUGAUGGCAGAUGGCUGGACUGAUCAAAGGCAGCGUACGUUAAUUAAUUUUCUAGUUUAUUGUCCUGCUGGUAUGUCAUUUGUUAAGUCUGUUGAUGCUUAUGAUAUGAUAAAAACUGCCGAUACCUUGUUUAAAUUGUUUGCUGAGGUUAUUGAGUGGGUUGGGUCUAGUAACAUUGUGCAUGUGGUUACUGAUAAUGCUGCGAAUUAUGUAUCUGCUGGAAAACUCAUUCAUGAAAAGUAUCCAAAUAUUUUUUGGUCUCCUUGUGCUGCUCAUUGCAUCAAUCUUAUCUUAAAAGACAUAGCAAGUAUUCCUCACAUAGCUGACCUUGCCUCUCGUGCUUCAAAAGUGACUGUCUUUGUUUACAAUCAUAUGAUUUUAUUGUCAUGGCUUAGAAAAAGAAAAGAGUGGAAAGAAAUUGUUCGACCAGGAGUAACACGUUUUGCUACUGUAUUCAUUACUUUGAAAAGUAUAUAUGAUCAUAAAGAAGACUUGCAAUCAUUGGUGAUUGACAAAUAUUUCACUUCUCAUAAAUUAUCCAAGAGUGUCAAUGGGAAGAUGGUUAGUUCAAUUAUCUUGGAUAGUAAGUUUUGGGAGGAUUGUUUUACUACUGUUAUGCUUGUUGGUCCUCUAAUUAAGUUAUUGAGGCUUGUUGAUGCUGAUGAGAAACCUUCUCUGGGUAUCGUGUAUGCGGGCAUGCAAAGAGCCAAAAUUAAUAUCAAGACAAUGUUUAGAAAUAGGAAAUCUGCAUACACACCUUAUACAAGCAAAUAUCUUGAGGUCUUUGUUGAUUUAUUUGAUAUUGAAACUCUUUGCGAUGACUCGGUUGCCGCAAUGCAAGAGAUACAGUUGUAUCGAGAUCGAAAAGAAAGUUUUGGAAGGGAAAGUGCAUUGAAAGCAAUUAAGAGACUUGAACCUGGUGAAUGGUGGAGGCUACACGGUGGGAGUGCUCCUAACUUGCAAGAAAUGGCAAUUCGUCUUCUUCAUCAAACAUCAUCAUCAUCCGGCUGCGAGAGGAACUGGAGCCUCUUUGAACAAAUCCAUUCAAAGAGGAGGAACUGA